AUGAAACUUGUCUACUUUCUCCCAGAAUUGUCUAUUGUGGUUUCUAUCGGAAGCCUUCUUUUGAUCUCGAUAGACAGGCUCUUCGCUGUUGUCUCUCCACUGAAGGCCAAACUCAAAAGUAAGAUUGAUCAGCAUCCUAAACACGUGGUUUGUCGCCAUCGCUUUCCACGCACCUUAUUUCUACAGUUUCAAACUGAUCCCUUACCAAAAUGAGACGUAUUGUAAUUUGUAAUAGGGACCGACAUCCGACCACAUGAAAGCAAAGAAGGGAUUUUUCACAGCAACUUUUAGAGCUUUCAUCCUCAUUCCCGUUGUUGUCCUAGCUAUUGUGCCUAGCAUUAUCGCAUAGACAAUAAGGGAAAAGAGCAAGAAAAGUAAAGAGCGAUUGUCUUGUCUCCAAAACCAUUGAGAUAAACAGAUGGGGAAAAUUUUCAGAUUGGUAAUUUCCAUUGUAAUUUCCUUUGUUUCCUGCAUGACUCCCGUGAUUGUAAUUUUUCUGGGUAAUGCCACAGAACCGCCACCCUUUUGUGCACUUCAGAGGGCUUUCCCCUUUUUUUUCCUCUUUAUGGCGCAUUUUUCGAGUUCAGUAAAUCCCUACAUUUGUUUUAUCUUUACCAAGAACUACCGCGACUGCCUUUAUUAUUGAAACAACUAUCAUUUAGUUAUGCAUAGAGGUGAGGCCGGGGCUGUUCUUGUUCUGUUAUUCAAACCAAAAGAGGACACCUGGAUCAACUACCGUAGUAAAAUAUACUCAGAUUUCGCGCGGGUCCAUAACGCGUCUUGGUGACUGUCAGUUGUGUAAUAACUAGUGAAAACGGAGGAAGGAAGAGUAAAUAGCGCGUGAUGUUUGCAAAAUUUAUGUUUAUUUGGCUUUUAAACUUCAUUAGAAUUUGCAGCUUCUAAUUACUGAUACGUUUUUUUCAAAGUAAACGCAAUCCACUUUAUUCUACAAAUGCAAAGGAGCUCCGAUGCCCCAUUUUUAAGGUUUUCUCUGUUUCAUUUUCUUGUUUUCAUCAGAAGUAGACAUCUUCGAUCCAUUCUGACGAUUAUGAGGAUACUCUUUACCAUAUUAUUCUCAUAUGUUCCUUUUUUUAAACCUCCAAACCUUGUUUAAGUUGACCUCGUUUCCUAAAACUGAGUUAUCAGUUCUCCACUUCUUUCUCUUUUUUUUUUCUAUUUUAUUUUGAUAUUUCCUCUUUUAUUGUUGAGCCAACUAUCAUCUAGUUAUGCAUAGAGGUGAAGCUGGGGCUGUUCUUGUUCAAUUAUUCAAAGGAGAAGACGACACCUGGAUCAAUAAGCGUGGUCAAAUAUACUCAAAAUUCGUGCAGGUCCAUAACACUUCUACGCAACUGUCAGUUGUUUAAUAACUGGUGAAAACUGAGGAAGCAAGAGUAAAUAGUGGGUGAUAUUUGCCAAAUUGAUGUUUAUUUGGCUUUUCAAUUUCAUUAGAAUUUGCAGUUACAAAUUACUGAGAAGUUUUUUCAUCGGAAACACAAUCCACCUUCGUCUACAAAUGUUACAAGGAGUUCCGAUGCCCCAUUUUCAACUUUUUUUGUUUGUUUGCUCUCUCUUUUUCGCUUUAAACCGCAAGGCUUCUUCUUCCCUGGUUUUCAUACUCACUAUAUAUUUUUCUUUCUAUGAUCUACAACUUUUCAUUUUAGUCCAGAGCUUAAUUUCAAGUAACUGGUUGGCCCCAGUGACGUCUAUCUCUAAACUAUGGGCGUUUGUAGCAGGACAAAAAAUAUAUUUUAUCUAUCGGAUUUCUUAUCUGAUUCUUACUUUGGGUGCAUUAGUUAAUACAUGGACGAAGUUGGAAUGAAGAACCAAGGAAGCAAAAAGACUUGCAGUUUAUAGCGAGAAAGGAAGAGUAGAAAAAAAAAAAAAAAAGAGAAAAGAAACAUGGGUAUCGGAACUCCCUCUGAUUCGUAGCCUUAUAGGUAGCUUGCAUGUCAUUUGAGAGAAGACUGUUCAGUAAUUGGUGUAGAAAACUCGAAUAAAAUUGAGAGCAACAUUCGAUGUUGCUGAAUGAACAUGGCUUUGGCAAACGUCAUGUGAUAUUUACCCUUCCUUCCCCCGUUGAAACCCUAUAUCACCUGUGCCGUACUAGUUGUCGAGGCGUGAUAUGGACCUGGACGAAAUUUGACUAUCAAACGAGGCAUGUGAGACAAGUUGGGGGUGGAAAGGAAAAUGAUGGUGACAAAGAAUCAAUACAACAUGGUAAAGGGUGUCGCCUAAACUGUCCGACUGAAUCGAACCCGUCAGUUGCUGAUUUUAACUGAAAUAAAGCGGAAAGACGCAAAUUAAGUGCUACAAGAGAUUAUCUUCCGCUUGCCUCAUGGAAUAAAUCACUUAACUUACGAUUUUAUGGAAGCACACUAGAAAGGUAAGUUAAUCAAAAGAAGCUAAAAUAUCUGCAAUUACUAAAUGUCGCUUUAACACGGGUUGGAUUGCACCGAAACAAGAUUGUGCGGCAUUUCCUUUAAUGUUCCACAAUUGUCAGCUUGCCCAUAAAUAUUGGUAUUUCUUUAUCAUUUAUUUGUAUUCAUUUAAAUGAAUUAACUUCAAAAAGGAACGACUUCUCAAAUAAAUAGGACUCAUCCUUUAAUCUUUCAAAACGAAACUCAGUGCUCCUGUUACAAAAACACUCGUGAAUUGACGAUAAUCAAAACCAAUUAUGACUAUGAACACAACCGUGAAUAUUUUCUCUAAAAACAGCCCAUAUACAACCAGCCAUUCAGCUUCUAAUAACUCAUACCAAGCUUGUGAGAUGACGUCCGACUCCGCUGCAGAAAUAACAGGAAAAGCUGUGGCCUAUAUUUUCAUUUUCCUAGUCUCGUUUUUCGGAAAUAUCUUUAUUCUUGUGGUCAUUUGCAAGAACAAGCAGCUACGAAGAUCCAUCAACUACUUUGUUUUCAACAUGGCUGUAUCUGACCUCUUCAACCCUUCGACAGUCAUGACUAUGAAGAUCGUUAAGGUUAUUUCAGGAUCGGAAUCCUGGAAAGUUGACCGUCCGUGGCUGCUAGCAAAUAUUCUAUGCAAACUUGCUUACUUUUUCCCAGAUGUUUCUUUAGUGGUUUCCAUCGGAAGCCUUCUUUUGAUCUCAAUAGACAGGCUCAUCGCUGUCGUCUUUCCACUGAAGGCCAAACUUGUCUCCUCAAAAGUACGAUUGAUCAGCAUUCUAAGCACGUGGUUUGUCGCCAUCGCCGUCCAUGCACCGUAUUUUUACAGUUUCAAAUUGAUCCCCUACGAAAAUGAAACGUAUUGUAAGUUGAAUUGGGGACCGGCAUUCGACCACCUGAAAACACACAAUGGAUUUUUUACGGCAUCGUUUAUAGCUUUCAUCCUCGUUCCCGUUGUUUUCUUGGUUAUUGUGUAUGGCAUUAUCGCAUGGACAAUAAGAAAAAAGAACAAUAAAAGUAAAGAGCGAUUGUCUUGUCGCCAAAACCAUCGAGAUCACCAGCUAAGGAAAAUUGUCAGAUUG